AUGUUUUUCGUGGCGGGGGCCAAACAUUCAGCAGGAGCAGGCAGAGGAAAUGAAGGGAGGCCAAUCUAUCAGAAAUUCCGUGAGGUAGAUUUAUUGGACAAGAAGAAGACAGUGACAGCUCUAAAGCCGGGUGAAGAUCGUGCCAUUUCCCUGGGACUCGGGAUGAUCCUCUCUUCAGUCAUGAUGCACUUUGUCCUGGGGAUCACGAUAUUACGCUCCUAUGCAGACAGUGUGUGGACUAAGGAGGGUGUGUGUGUUGUACUCAACUCCACGGUCACAGCAGACAUGAACUGUUCCUACAACUGUGGGUCAGACUGCUGGAGAGUCUCCAAAUACCCCUGUCUGCAGGUCUACGUGAGCAUCAAUAACACGGGCCGUGUCAGCCGUUUAUCUCACAAUGAGGAGACGCAGGACACCAGCUCUGAAUGUGUCUACGCGCCCAGGUGCCAGAAGGACAGCGUGGCCAUGCAUGUCGUGAUCAUGAACAUCUCCGAGCGUCUGAAGGUGAAGCAGCAGGUCCCGUGUUACUACGACCCCAGCGGGCAGCGGGAGACCGUUCUCCUGACCAGGCUGUACGACCACACCGUCGUCUUCCUCACGCUGCUCUGGCCCUCCUGCAUGCUCACGGGAGGGGCCCUCAUUAUCGUGAUGGUGAAGCUCACGCAGUACCUCUCCAGACUGUGCGAGCAGAUAGGGAAGAUCUCGAGGUGA